CUUCAAGAUGCUGGUUGCAAUGAUCUCCUUGCGCACCAUGCCGCCGGCCACCAUGGAGGAGACCCAGCGGCUCCUGCCCCAUAGCGAACCAGAGGCCGCCGACCCACAACACCACCGAACCAUCAUCACAAACCGACCCCAUGCCUUACACGGCAUGAUUUCCAUUGCCAUUUGUCUCGUCGUUAUCUGCCUCGUUGGUGGCGUGCACUGGGGAGCCGCGUCGGCACUCGUCAACGUUGCAACGCUUGCGCAGUCAUCCUUCAUUAACGAUCUCACGACGCAGCUUGACGCCUAUGACCACGUCACAUUUCCUCUUGACUGCUCAUUCCACCACUACACGCUCUCCGCAGACGACGAUGGUCUUGCCUAUGUAUCAGGGGACGGCCGGUCGUUCCGAAGCGACCACACCAACUUAUUUGGCCGCGGAGUCACGGGGAAGAUCGUGUCGGUGGAUGCCAACGCGUUUUUGAUUCGAAGCAAUGGCGAAUGCUGCCGCUUCAUGGAUUCGGGCGACGAGAUCCUUCUGCGGCCGAAGUCGUUUUACAACUACCGCGCCGUUGGCAACGCCACGUUCGACACGACCAUGGCGACCUUGUGGGUGGACCCCGAACAAGCGAGCACGUUCUGGCUCAAUGCGGACGGCCUGCCAUUGCGCUGGGAUUACAUCCCCAAGUCCCCCCCCGGGCGGCGCAUAACGUUUGGGAAGAUGAUAUCCAUGGUCUUCGCCAACUUUACGCUCGGUCCGCAGGACAGAACCCUCUUCGAUGUACCUGCAAUCUGCACCACAUCCCAGCGCUGUCGCUUUGAUUAAUGCAAUCAUGCCCACACUAUUCUGCAUCUUUCACCUGCACAAAUCAAUGUAUAAAGGAUCAGGCUGUUAUAGUAUUACUAGUAGGACG